UUAAACAGGGGAGGGGCGAACAUUGAGAAAUGUUCAGCUGGCUGAAAUACUUCAGGUGUGGUUUUAAAUGUUUUCCUUAUGCACUCUGGCAGUCUUUAGAUUUCAGAAACGAGCAGCAAAAAGUAGUCUGUGUUGUGGUUACCGCCUAAAACAGCUUUAGGUGUCGAAGGAAAACUGUCAAAGAUGGCCACGCGCAGCAGCAAUAAUGAGGAAAACUUGAAGGAUAUUCAAAACAACACCGACUUCAAUAAGGAAGUGAGGGAUCCUACCACCGAGAUGCUGCUCCCACAAGAUGUGGUAUGUGAUUCCUGCAUCGACAGCCCUAACAAGGCCCUAAAAUCCUGCCUGACCUGUCUGGUUUCUUACUGCGAAGCCCAUCUCAGACCCCAUCUGGAAAACACGAAAUUUCAAAACCACCGGCUUGUGGAUCCUCUGCACGACAUCGACUGUCGGACUUGUGAGGUUCAUCAGCUUCCUCUCGAGCGCUUCUGUCUGAUGGACGGCUGCUGUUUGUGUCUGGAGUGUGAGAGCCAGGAGCACGAGGGGCACACGACUGCAUCUGUGGGGGAGGCACGGACACAGAUUGAGACUGAGAUGCAGAAUAAACAAGAAGAGAUCGGUCAGAGCUCCUCAGCAGCUGAGAAAGCAAUUGGAAAGCUCCAGGACAACACUGACUUAAUAAAGUCUUCAGUGCAGGAGGUUUGUGUUAUUGUUGAACAGCAGUUUUCCAGGCUGCAGAAAACUGUGGAGGAGGCCAGGAAAGGGGUGAAGGAGGUGCUGGAGGGAGAGCAGAGACAGGCCCUGAGACAGGCUGAGGGCAUCCAGGCACAUUUGGAGCAGAAGAGAACAGAGCUGCAGAAAACUUUGGCUCAAAUGAAUAAACUCUCCAGGAGCAAGUCAGAUGUUGACUUCCUGCAGGAGUACUCAGAGUGGAAUAAAGGAGUGGCAGAUGUAUGUCUGCCUAGCCCCUGCAUCAACCCCAUGAACCAUCUAACUUCCUUUGUCCAAGUUGUGACAGAUACUACCAAGGAGCUGUGUGACCUGAUACUCUCGUCCUGCACAGAAAGACUGAAAUGUAAAAGUGGUACUAAAUCCCUGAUGCAAGACUCUGAACCUUCAACAUUGCCUGAUCCUGAGACCCGAGAGGACUUUUUAAAAUACACAAGGAGUUUGACCUUUGACCCAGACACCACCCAUCACUUUCUCCGUGCAACGGAUGGCAACAGAAAGCUGACCAACACCAGCCCCUGGCAGCACAGCUACCCAGAACACAUUGCUCGCUUUGAUUAUUGGCGUCAAGCAAUGACUUCGGACAGCCUUUACUUGGGGAGGCACUAUAUGGAAGCAGAGCUAAGUGGGGAGGGAGCACAUGUAGGAGUCACGUACAAGAGCAUCGAUCGGAAGGGAGAGCAAAGCACCAGCUGCAUCAGUGAGAACGACUUUUCCUGGUGCAUGGGAAGGAACAGCCGAGGCUUCUUUGCCUGGCAUACUGGUGUGGAGACGCCUUUGGGUGGCACUGAUAUCACAAGAAUUGGCUUAUAUGUAGAUUUUGAAAGGGGCUCUCUGUCUUUCUUUGAUGUAACAGGUCCUAUGCAGCUGCUACACAAGUACAUGGUUGAUUUUAUAGAGCCCUUAUAUGUUAUAGCCUGGCUGUCAAAGAAAGACAAUGUCAUUUCUCUUGUUUAAGUUAAAUGUUCAGCUGCCUUCACUGUAAGCUUGUUAAAGAGUAUAGAGUGCCUUAUAAAUGUUUAUUGAGGUUACAUAACAAGUUAUCUAAUUUUAUGGUUCAUAUGGAGGAUUUUUUCACAUACAUGUCAGUUAAGGUUACAUUUACUACCAUCUAGUGGCAACUCUACAACAUGACCUAAGAGACCUUCGCAGCAGUAGGUGUGUUAGGAAUUUACUGCAGCUUUACUGCUCUUGAAUUUAAAACAGAUGGUGAAAAGAAAAGUACACAAAUGUCUGCCAGCAUUUCUUUUAUUUGCCUUUCAUACACACUUGCUGAAAAAAAAAGCAAUAAAGCUUUAAGAAGAUAUU